AUGACACGAAAUGCACGUCGUGGUGGAAAAAUAUGGGUCCGUAUAUUUCCAGAUAAACCAGUUACAGUAAGACCCGCAGAAACACGUAUGGGUUCAGACGCAGUCCCAAACAUGCCUCUAGAAAGAUCAGAAGUGGUCAGAGCUGUAAUUGUCCGUACUUGUAAAGAACUUAAAGUUGACAAGAAUAUGAUAAUACAAUAUGAUGACAAUGCUGCAGUUGUGAUUGAUCAAGAAGGAAAUCCAAAAGAAACUCGAGUUUUUGGUGCGAUUGCCCGAGAAUUGAGAUAG